GAUUAUCAUCGAUGAUACACCAUAAUUAUUGUAACAUCGAAGAGAUUGAUAACAAUACGGACUUUACUUGAAAUAACGAAGUAUCUUGUAGAGAAUGACAGACACUGUUGCAUUAAGUGUAAAAUGGGGAAAAGAGACUAUUGCUCUUGAUUUUAUCGUGGCUGGUGGGGUAAAGGGUCUCAAGACUGAACUGGAAGAAAAGACCCGCGUGCCUGCGGAUAGGAUGAAGCUAAUGGCUAAGAGCAAAGGUAUGUUUUGCCUCAUUUUGAUUUCACGAAUAACCUGCAAUGUUUAUUAGGAUUCAUAGUUCUGACAAAAAACCUAUUGGCUUUGUAGGAUUAUGGAAGGGAGUAUUGAAAGAUGAUUUCGACUUUUCCACCAUUGAUUUCGCCRCGGCCCUUUCGAAAGCCAAAGGUGGCCCACUGAAUCUAUUGUUGAUGGGAUCUGCUUCGGAACUCACUGGCCCCAAGACGAAAACGSUAUUUUUGGAGGAUCUACCACCAGAAGAAGUCGCAAAGGUUGCGGAGCCGUAAGUAUAACUACGAUUAAUUCGUGACUCUCUCGACAACAAUGCUCGGAAAUGAUGGGCAUGCUUUAUCUUCAUCGGAUUUGGACUCACACAACGUUUCAUUCAAAUGUGYAGGUCUGGAUUGGAGAACUUGGGCAAUACUUGUUAUUUGAAUUCGGUCGUUCAGUGCUUGCGAGCUGUCCCUCAGUUACGCCGAGGGCUAGAAUCUUCAACUACCACKCCUACCUCUGCUCCCACCAUGUUUUUGUCUUCACUGCGGGACACGUAUACCCAGCUCGACCGAACUGCAACAGCAGUGGCGCCUUCCACAUUAGUUCGAGUAACAAAGAUGGCAUUUCCAGAAUUCAACAGAACUGGAGCCAACGGUGCUCCGAUGCAACAGGAUGCAGAAGAAUUUUUCUCGGGGUUGCUAACAAUUGCUGCUGGGAUACUGAAAGACGAUAAUCAAAUUAAGGCUGCUUUGCCCUUCUCGACCCCCCAAGAACUCAAUGGGGCGGACAACCUAAUCGAUGCUUUGUUUGGUCUCAAGAUGGAAGAAACGCUGACYUGUGACGAAUUCGAUGACAAGGGUGCUUCCGGUGACAAAGACGACAAAAUGCAAGAUGACGACCAAGUCAAGGAAAUAAGCACCUCUGCUAUGGUAGAACCACCAGUUAAAUCCUAUGACUUGCAUCGUAAAUUGGUGUGCAACAUACAAGGUGGAUCAGAUGGAAACGCCCAAACCAAUGUGAGUCACCUGGCCGAAGGUAUUGCUCUGUCGUUGAACGGUUCCAUUGAGAAACGAUCGGCGGUGCUAGGACGUGAUGCCGUUUGGACUCGAAAGCAACGAAUCGCACGACUCCCGCCCAUCUUAACCGUCCAAUUCGGAAGGUUUUAUUGGAAAGCAACUCCUGAUUCUCAGGAUCAUGCUGGUGUGAAGUGUAAAGUUAUGAAGCCUGUGGCGUUCAACAGCAUUUUCGACAUUUAUGACUUUUGUACUGAUGAGGUAAAAAAGGAAUUGAAAAAAUCGCGAGACAAAUCUUUGAAAGAAGAGGAAGAUCGCAUCAAUAGAAAACUGAAGGGCGAAGAUGUCGAUGCUGAUACAAAGAUGGAUGUUGACGAAGCUGGCGAAGACGAUGAAGAAGCGGCAGCUCUUAAGGCUGCCCUCGCGAUGAGCAUGCAGGAAGACGGAGAAAAACCAGCUCCUGUCGGGCCAGGACUGCCUGCUGAAUUYCAUGGGCACUACGAACUAUUUGCAGUUGUYACGCACAAGGGGCGUGAUGCCGAUGGUGGGCACUAUAUGGCUUGGGUCAAGGCUGCAUCGAAUUCUGGAAAGGUUGAGAAAAUUGCAGACACCGAGGAAGAAAACGAGGACUGGUUUGUCUUUGAUGACGAUGAAGUCAGUCCUUGUAAAACAGAAGAUGUUUUGAAGCUAAAGGGUGGUGGUGAUUGGCACAUGAGUUAUCUCAAUUUCUAUCGUGCUAAAAAGUAAACGACGUGAUAAUACUGAACGUUCAGUGACCAUUUGAUUUCAUCAUUUUUAUUUAGCCUUACGUAUAGAAUAGUCGAAGAGGUGGAGCAAGCUUCCUCAGGGGCCCAAUGGAAAGUGUACACUAUGCGUACGUUUCCUUGAUAACCUCGAAGGAAAUUAAACAAGGCAAACUUU